GUUUCAAGAGCAUUGUCAAAGAUUUUAUGGAAGAAUAUCAACAUUUGAAAUUCGCACGUGACCAUGUGCAGCAGGAUGUUGAAAGUGCGGAGAGAAAUACUGAAGUGAUUGAGAAUGAUGUGCAAAAGUGGCUAAAAGAUUUCAAUGAGGUUGUCAAAGAUGUUCAAAAGUUAGAAGAAGAAAUAGAAGAAAAUAAAACAAGUCUCGGUGGGCAGUGUCCUAAUUGGGGUUUUCGAUAUCGAUUGAGUAGGAAAGCAGAACAUAAAAGACAUAUUAUGUUAAAUCUAUGGGGAAGUGGCAAAUUUGAGAAAGUCUCCCAUCCUGCUACAUUACCAGGGAUAGAAUUUUCAAUCCCUAAAGAUUUUCAACUUUUCAAGUCUCACGAACCUGCUUUUCAUCAGAUUAUUGAGGCACUAAAAAGUGAUCAAACCCAUCUAGUUGGAUUGUAUGGGAUGGGAGGAGCGGGUAAGACAACCUUAGCAAAAGCAGUUGGUAAGAAAGUCAAAGAAGAGAAAUUUUUUGAUGAGGUUGUGAUAAUUGUUGUAUCCCAAGCUCCAAACUUCAAAAAAAUUCAAGGUGACCUUGCAGAGUCAUUAGAUAUGAGAUUAGAGGAGGAAGGUGAAGAAAGAAGAGCAAAGCGUUUGCAUUUGAGAUUUGUGGAGACUAAAAAGAAGAUCCUCAUUAUCUUAGAUGAUGUUUGGAAAAAAAUUGACUUGAAAUCUACGAUAGGAAUUCCUUUUGGCGAUGAUCUCAAAGGUUGCAAAAUCCUUCUAACAACUCGCAGGCAAAACAUAUGUAUUCGUAUGAGUUGUCAGCCACGAGUUCUUCUGAAUGAACUGAAUGAAGAUGAAGGAUUGGCUUUACUUAAAAAGCAUGCAAGUAUAGCUGACGAUGAAUCUCAUCCAUUGAAUGAUCUAGCGGUUAAAGUUGCUCAAGAAUGCAAGGGAUUGCCAUUAGCAAUUGUAACUAUUGGGAGUGCUUUAAAAGAAAAGGGCAUUGAUGAAUGGACACUUGUGUUUGAGAAAUUUAAAAAGUCAAAACUUGUAGAUAUACAUAAAGACAUUGAUGUUGAUGAUGAUGUAUAUGCCAUUCUCAAGGUCAGCUAUGAUUAUUUGGAGGGUAACGAAACGAAGUUAUGUUUUUUGUUGUGUUCAUUGUUUCCUGAAGAUUAUGAAAUUCCUUUGGAGGAAUUGGUUAGAUAUGGAAUGGGUCUAGGUUUAUUUCCAGAUGUUGACUCAAUUGAACAAGCAAGGAGACAACUGCGAGUAAUGGUUAAUAAGCUCAUAGCUUCUUGUUUGUUGAUAGAUGCUGGAGUAGAAGGAUUUGUGAAAAUGCAUGAUGUGAUUCGUGAUGUUGCCUUGGGAAUAGCAUCCAAAGGAGAAAAUGUAUUUCUUGUUAAAGCUGGCUUGGGAUUGACUGAGUGGCCAAAGGAGGGAAGGCACCUUGGACAAUGUACUGCAAUCUCCUUAAUGAACAACAAAAUACACAUGCUUCCUGAUCACUUGGUGUGUCCAAAGCUUGAAUCCUUGUUAUUGUCUCAUCAAUACUGUUAUGACCGUCGCGACAACAUUGAAGUUUCAAACCAUUUUUUUGAAGAGAUGAAAGCAUUAAAAAAUGUAAGUCUAAGUUAUGUGGACCUGUCAUUAAAAUCACUUAAGUUCUUAACAGGUCUCAAAACUCUAGAGCUGAUUCAUUGCAAUUUGAGAGACAUUUCUUCCCUUGAACAUCUUGCCAAACUUGAAAUUCUUAGUUUAAGAAAUUCAUUGUUUGAUGAAUUUCCAAAAGAACUUGGGGCACUCACUGAAUUAAGAUUGCUGGAUUUACGUGACUGUAGUCGGUUAAAAAGAAUUCCUUCCAAUGUGAUAAGGAGAUUUUCUCAGCUAGAAGAAUUAUAUGUGGGUGACUACUUUGACGAAAGGGAAGAUGGAGAGACGAGUACAGAAGGAAGUAAUGCUAGUCUCUCUGAGUUGAAUUGUCUAUCCAAUUUGGUUGUACUAUUUCUGAAAACAAAUGCUAAAUGCCUAUCGGGAGACUUGGGUUUUAUUUGCAACAAAUUGCUAAGGUAUGACAUUAGUGUGAAUACUUGUACAGAGUUUUUUUAUGUAUCAGAAUCAAGAAUAAGAGCUUUAACAGUGAGCAGAAUUGGAGCAGCCUCACUGAUUACAUUAAAAACUUUGUAUCAUACCCUGGAAUAUCUUGCAAUCCAAUCUUGCAACAAGCUAGAAGAAAUAUUUCAACUUGAUGGGCUCUGUCAUAGUAGGGAAGAAAAUCUUGCAAUGCUUUCAAGUUUAGCUGAGUUACACUUGGCAUAUUUACCACAACUGAGAUGUAUAUGGAAAGGGCCAACCCAUAUUGUAAACUUGAAAAGUCUUACAAAUGUUGAAAUGAUAGAGUGCAAAAGUUUGAUUUAUCUCUUCACUUUGUCAGUUGCUCAGAGUUUGGUCCAACUGAAAUCACUCAACGUAAGUGAUUGUGAGAGUUUGAAGCAUUUGGUCAUAACAAAAGAGGGUGAUAAUGAUGAAAUAUCAUCAGAACACGAUCUUCAAAUGCACAGUCCUUUCUUGUCAAAACUAGAAUCUCUCAAGAUAGAAUCAUGCGAGAGAUUGGAGCAUAUUUUUCCUGUCUCUUUUACACGAGUACUUGUACAGCUUGAAGAGUUUACAGUGAAAAAUGCCCCUCAAUUAAAGCAAGUUUUUUAUUUGGAUAAUGGAAAUGAAGAAAAUGUAGUUGCCGGAGAUGGAAAGGAAACUGCAGUCAUCGAGCUCCCAAAGUUGAAAGUACUAAGACUGGAUGGACUUGCAAGCAUCAUGAGUUUCUGCCCUGAUAAUUUUCAUUCAUGUUGGCCAGCUUUGGAAGUUUUCACAAUAGACAAGUGCUCAAUGUCUUUCGUUACUGAAGUUGUAUCUAAAGUACGAGAUCUACAAGAGAAUUUGCGAAUUCUAAGGAUUGGCAGUUGGAAUCAGUUGUACGACACAGUUGUCUCUGGGCUAAAAGAUGGCUUCUUCCAAAAUUUGGAAGAAUUAAGUAUCACUAAUUGUGAAGCAAAAGUGUUAUUUCAGUUGGAAGACGGAGAACAACAAAUAUUCUCACUCCCAAAAUUGAAAAAAUUGCAAGAAUUAGAAGGUUUAUGUAAGAGUCCUACGCUUGUUUCAAGCCUGGAGAAUCUUACCACUUUAGAAAUAUCCGAAUGCAAUAGGCUGAGAAAUAUCUUCUCACCUUCUCUUGCUCAAAAUCUGUCCCAAUUGCAAGUUCUGAAGAUCUUUGAUUGUGGGGAAUUGGAGGAAAUCAUUGUUGAAGAAGAUGAAGAGAAUCAAAUUCUAUUCUUCCAAAAUCUCUUACAAAUUUAUGUUGAAAGAUGCCAUAAAAUAAAACGUUUGUGUUCUAUCACGGCAGCUCCACGUCUUCAAAAACUAAAAACCAUAUCUGUAAGAGAUAACUCUGAAUUAGAAGAAGUAUUUGGAGAUAAAGAUGUUGCUGAAGUCAUGGAUCACAAAGAAAUCGUGCUGCCUCAACUUGAUUGGUUGAGACUCCACCAAUUACCAAGUCUCACCAAGUUCUGCCCAGUGGGUUAUCACUUCAUAUUUCCAUCUUUGAAUUGUUUAUUGAUGAUUAAAAGAUGUCCCAAGAUGAGUACAGGGUUUUCCUCUGGUCAAGACGGAUCUGUGCAUGCCAAAGCAAAGCCAUUGAAAAUGGGCAACCGAGAUGAAAUUGCAGACUUCCCUUCACAGCCUUCCAUUGAUAUCGAAUGCUAUGAUUACCAAAUACAAGAAAGGUUACCGCGAUACAUAGAAAAUGAUGAGCGAAGUAUCAAGCAGAAGGAGGAAGAAAUUAACACUGAAACUUGAAACAUGCUCAUUAUUGCUAACCAGUUGGCUCCUGUUGAAGCAAAUGAUAUUUUGCUGGAAACUUUUUGCAUGGCUGGUUUGAAGGUUUGGCGCCAGUUUUUGAAUUAAAGGGGCUGUCUGUCAAGUGAUAUUUAUAUACUGGUUAGGUGAAGACAGCCGGUGAUUAAGGCAACAAAAUCCCAAUGCUAUUUGUGUUUGUUAAGGGUAGUUCAAAUUGUAUCAUUUUAAAGAUUAUUUAUAUGGUGUGAAGUGGUUGUAACAGUAUUGUAUGAUGUCUAUAUAUGUCUGUGUUUUGAAUGAA